AUGAGACGACCACAAUGGGGUGGUGGUGGUGGUGGUGUGUUCUUUGUGUUGGCUCUCGCAGUAGGUUUGUGCAUCAUCGGAGGCGUGCACGCGGCAAUCACGACGCAGCCCACAGGUUUGGUUCGCAAGUACUAUAAUAUCACGUGCCACAACGCCGAACGGUUUGUCCGGCACCAAGUUACGCUGUUCUACAAAAAAGAUCCGACUAUCACUCCCAAGUUUCUUCGGUUGCUUUACUCUGAUUGUUUUGUAACGGGCUGUGAUGCAUCGAUCCUCCUUGAUGUGCCAAAAUCUGAGAAAACGGCAUCUCAAAACAUCGGACUCGGUGGAUUCGUUCUUAUUGACAAGAUAAAGAAGGUCCUUGAAUCAAGGUGCCCUGGAGUCGUCUCUUGUGCUGAUAUCCUGAACCUUGCCACCAGAGAUGCCGUUCAUCUGGCAGGAGGACCAUCUUACCCAGUUCUCUUGGGGAGGAAGGACGGGUAUAAAUCAAGUGCGGCAUCCGUGGACCUCCCAUCACCCUCCAUCUCAUGGGAAACUUCUCUUUCGUACUUCAAAUCAAAGGGAUUAGACGUGCUGGAUAUGACUACUCUCCUAGGUGCACACACAAUGGGAAGGAGCCAUUGUAGCUACAUUAUGGAUCGGAUUUACAAUUACAAAGGCAGUAGGAAAGCAGACCCAAGCAUGGACAAGAGUUUAGUAGCUGAUUUGAAGAAGCAAUGCCCAUCCAAGACAAGAAAGGGACAACAAGAUCCACUUGUUUACCUGAACCCAGAUUCAAAAUACUCAUUCUCCAACUCCUAUUACUCACGUGUGUUAAAAGAUCUUUCAGUUCUCCAAGUUGAUCAGCAACUAAAAUAUGGGAAUGACACACUGGCGAUUACACAGGAAUACGCUGCCGGUUUACAAGACUUCAAGCUAACAUUCACUUUAUCCAUGAAUCGGAUGGGGAGUAUAGGAGUCUUAACUGGGAAAAAGGGCGAGAUACGCCGGCAUUGUAGGUAUUCUAAUGCAAACAAUCCCAAUGGCAAGUGA